AUGAAGACAAAGACUUACAACUUCAUAUGUAUUCUAGCAUCUGCCCUUACUUUGCUCAUCAAUGGCUCAUCAGCAGCAACAUCUCAAAAUGGUAACUCUCCAACUUCUUGUAACAAAACAUGUGGAGGAGUCUCGAUCCCGUUCCCUUUUGGAAUCGGCGGCAAGGAUUGCUAUCUCAACAACUGGUACGAGGUUGUCUGCAACGCCACCACUUCCCGAACAACCGUUCCGUUCCUCUCACGGAUCAAUACUGAAGUGGUCAACAUCUCUCUUCCAGAUGGAGAUAAACCAUACGGAGUGGUUCUCAUCAAAGGUCCUGUGACUUCUUUGGAUUGUUCUAGUAACACUAGUCAAGGACUCAAAAAGUCCCGACCAGAUUUGAACGUCACAGGCAAAGGCAGCCCUUACUUCAUCACAGAUAACAACCGCCUUGUGGCGGUUGGCUGCGGUACAAAGGCCUUGAUGACGGGUAUCGACUCAGAGAUCUUGGGUUGUGAAUCGAGCUGUAUAGAAAGCAAGAGUGGUCAACAAGUAACAGACUCAAUCUGUGACGGCUACAAAUGCUGCCAGACAAGGAUACCACUGGACCGUCCACAAGUCAUAGGUGUGGAUAUAGAUCCCACAGGAGGAGAAGGCUGCAGAGUUGCCUUCUUGAAUGACAAAAGAUACUCACCCUCAAAUGUCACUGCACCAGAACAGUUCCACGCUGGUGGCUACGCGGAGGUGGAGCUAGGCUGGUACUUUGAUACUUCGGAUUCUCAGUUUAGAAACAACCCCUUAGGUUGCAGAAAUUGGACCCAUUACGGCUCUUACGACUCUGAUACGAGAUGUCUUUGUGAGUAUGGUUACUUUAACGAGAUGAGUUAUAGGAACUGCUAUUGCCCCAUUGGCUUCACAGGGAAUCCGUACCUUCGAGGGGGUUGUGUAGAAGCUGAUAUGUGCAAAGAACCCGGUGUCUGUAAAGAAGGCAUUUGUGAGAACAUGCGCGGAUCGAUGUACACGUGCAAGCCCAAGCCCGUGAUAACCAAGCCGGGCAAAUCCUUCCUGCUUGGAGGGGUUCUAAUUGGUGUGUUGGGACUAAUGUUUUUAGUUGGUGGGAUCUUUUGGUUGUUCAUACUUAUAAGGAAGCGAAGGAGGAUCAUUCGUGGGAGGAAGUUCUUCAAACGUAAUGGAGGCUUGUUGUUGAAACAACAACUAACUACUACAGAUGAUGGAAAUGUAGAUAUGUCGAGGAUAUUUAGCUCAAAAGAAUUGGAGAAAGCCACUGAUAACUUCAGCGUGAAGAGGGUGCUUGGGCAAGGCGGUCAAGGAACUGUGUACAAAGGAAUGCUGGUGGAUGGCAGGAUCGUUGCGGUUAAAAAGUCAAAACUUGUGGAUGAAGAUAAGCUGGAUAGUUUCAUCAAUGAGGUCGUCCUUCUCUCACAGGUAAACCACAGGAACAUUGUGAAACUCUUGGGGUGUUGCUUGGAGACAGAAGUUCCAACCCUGGUUUAUGAAUAUAUUCCAAAUGGAGAUCUGUUCAAGCGUCUUCAUGAUGAGUCUGAUGACUACAACAUGACUUGGGAAGUGCGUCUUGGCAUAGCCGUGGAGAUUGCUGGAGCACUUGCAUACAUGCACUCAGCUUCAUCGUUUCCAAUAUACCACAGAGAUAUCAAGACUACUAAUAUACUAUUGGAUGAGAAAUACCGAGCCAAGGUUUCUGAUUUCGGAACUUCAAGAUCGGUAACUGUAGAUCAAACUCACUUGACAACGCUAGUUGCAGGCACUUUCGGAUAUAUGGAUCCAGAGUACUUCCUAUCAAGCCAAUAUACUGACAAGAGUGAUGUAUACAGCUUCGGGGUUGUCUUGGUGGAGCUCAUAACCGGAGAAAAACCACUGUCUCGUGUCCGGUCUGAAGAAGGAAAGAGCUUAGCAACUUAUUUCAUUGAGGCCAUGAAAGAAAACAGAGUGGUCGACAUCAUUGAUGAUCGGAUCAAAGAGGAAAGCAAGCUGGACCAAGUGAUGGCAGUCGCAGAACUCGCUGGAAGGUGUCUAAGCCGGAAAGGAAGGAAGCGGCCAAACAUGAGAGAGGUUUCGAUUGAGCUGGAGAAGAUCCGCUCUAAAACUACAUUUCAUAAACAAUGA